GCAUUUUGCAGUUUUCAGUGGAAAGCUGCCUGAUAGUCAGAAACAAGAAGAGCUGUACCAAGCUACAGAAUUGCAGGCUAAUACAGGAGAAUCUGUUAGGCUGACUAUUUCUGAAGGAUCCUUGGGCUUCUUCCUGAACUCUGUAUGUGUGUGUAGGUUCACAUGUGGAUUACCUAAUGGAUGGCUACAGAUAUUUCAUCUUUAACCAAAAGAGCAUGGUCAUUCUGGGUCUCUUCCAAAUAGCCUGCAGUACAGUGUGUGUUGUCAAUGGAUUCAUAGACGGCACUUUCAGAACAGAAUCGUCGCUGAGUACAACCAGAGCACCCAUAUGGGCUGGAGUGGUCAUGAGUGUUACUGGAAUUCUAGCUUUAUUUUCUUCCCAGAGAAAGAAUCCAAUUCUUGUGAAUGCAAUGCUAAUUGCCUCUAUAUUUUCUUGUUUCACCACCCUCGUUGUAAUAAUUUAUGCUUCCCUAACAUUAAACUAUGGUGAAGAAGAGGAAGACUUGAAUCAUGUACCAAUUCAUGUUGUUCAUACGAAGUUUGUUCUCGAUAAAGUUGUCAAAGGUGCCAACAUAGUGAUGUUAAUUGCAUCUAUCGGCAGUGUGGUGGUUGUGCUAACUAUUGCUUACAUGGGCUGCCGAAGUCUUCCACAUUGUUCAUGCUAUGACAGUAGGACUGGAAUGGAAUGGUUGCGACCAACAGAGGACCAGCCACAGACUGUGGAACUGGUUUGCACUCUACAAAGUCAUGAGGACAAAAUUUUGAAUUCACCAAUUCAGUUUCCAGACCAAGAUUUGGAUACAGAAGAAGAAACAUCCAAACCUCCCCCAUAUAUCAGACUUGCUUGAAAAAUUACUGAGUAUUUUAAUGCUAGCACACUAAAACUGGAGAACUUUUUUUGUUCUUUGCUAUGUUUUCUAAGGACUUAAAUAAUCUUAUGCACAUUCUUCUUUUUAACCAAGGAACUACUGAAUGCCCAAAGCUUAGGAAAGAUCAAUGCUACAGUCAAGGAACAUACAGUUAAAGAAGAUCUGCAGAUUCGUGGACUGACUCAAAUCUUGGUCUAUUAGUAUACCUCCUCUUUUCCAGGAAGAAGGAGCACCUCUCCCCCUGCUUUUGUUUGUUUUUACUCUGGCUUACAGUAGAAUUUGUGUUGCAGUUUCAGUUUACUGGUGCUAGCUUUGAACAUUCAAAUAUUAAACCAUGUUGAAUUUUUUUAAAGAUAUUUUGGGAGCAUCUCCAUUUUUACUCACUUUUUAAUCUUUUCUCUCUAUGAAACCAUUCCACAGCAAGAGAAACACUUGCAUUUAGGUAACCUUAACAUUUUCUUUUAAUGAAUUGCUUCUGUAAGGUAGGAAACGUAUUCCAUCAUUCUCCAAGCAGGCUAAAAUAUCUGCUGUUAGACAUCUUGAAUGCCAUUUCAAGAGGUGGAUUCAGUCUUUUGUAAAAACUUUAUUUAUAUUUUAUCGAUGGAUAUAUAAUAAUUUUAAAUUUUCUGCUUUGUGCUGAUCAGUUCCUUAAUGCGGUGGGAGUUUUAUUCACAAUAGUGGCUCUUACAGUGUGUUUGUAAAUGGAGCACUUUACAAAGACUCUUGUUUAACCUCCAGCCCUUUAAGGCAUAUCUUUUUACCUGCUCUCACAGUUGGCUAGGAUUAGUUAUUGCUUUUUUUUCUCCCUACUUGGAGCCAUGGUCUUAUUUCCUUGUCUGGAUGGAAAUUUGAUAAUGACUGGACACAUCUGCAUGAGACAAUAACUGCGCAGUAACCAAAUAAUACUACAUAGUAGUGCAUCACAGGAUCAACAGUGCUAAUAUGUUACUCCACAGUAGCAUCACUAAAAAGGCAUUUGCUGGUGCUCCUGUGCAGUAACUCCUGGUUACUGUGCAUUUAUUUUGUAUUUGA